CGACACUAUGUUAGUUAGAACAUAGAAAUGAGAACACAAAACAUACGCAGAAACAGCAAUUAUUAUGCUGAAUCCGCCACGCACGUCAACAUCGUUUCGUUCAGUGUAAAUCGUUUCGAGCAUCAACGACCAAUUCAAAUAACCGUCAACAUAAAGGCCUUUCGCACAGCGGCGACGUAAAAGCAAGCGCCGCCGGACAAUGACGGUUUGAUUGCACUAACACAGCCGCAAAAACAGCAGCAGCAGAGCUCGAUCCGAUCGCCCGUUUUGUUUCACCGUCAGAUCAAUUGUCUCCGUCCGUUCGAUCGCAUUGGAAGCGACCACGCGAGUGAAAUUUGUCGCUUACCAAUUCCGCAUGGAAACUUCCUGCUGGCGGGAAAAAUAGCACGACGUACAACUAUUCUUGUGCUCCGCAGGACGACGGGACGAGUUGGCUGAAUUAACCCAUUGUCGGCACGUGCGGGUUAACCUCCAAAAACGUUGGUCACACCGGAAUCCAGUUAAUUGGUCGGUUGGAAGAUAGAAUUGCCCACAGCACAUUGGAGAACAUCGGACCCGACGAGUUAAACCGGUAAGCCAAAAUUCCAUUACCCAGAGAAUGGGAACUGAUGAAAUCUCCGCUCUGCAGACACACCGCUGGAAGCACCGCGUGGGGUGCGAGCGCACGAGAACGACGCCAUAUUGACGGACAGUGCAUUUGCGCGGGACCAGAGGCCUUCCGAAGGAAGUACGUUGACAGAACCAUCUCGAAAUCAAGCAAUCGCUGACCAUCUGGUGGCCGCAGGGCCUUUGUUUACAUCUUAUUUUCAGUUUCGCUUCGCGAGACGGAAGUGGCAUCGCGUUCCAGCGGCGGAGAAUAGGCCAGGUAGCGAGCAAGCUCUCGGAUCCGAGAGGUCCAAUCACGGGAGGAUCGCUCCGACGGACGGGUCGAAGAUCGAGACCGCAUAGUGGACGACACGAGCAUUCCCAUUCCGAUUACGGGUUUCUUCGACGUUCGACCGUGGACACACCGGAAGCUAACAGGGCCGAGUGGACGAGACGAGAAUUCCCACUCCGGUUGUGCAUUCAGCUGCGUUCAACAGCGGAACCCAGCGGCGAAUAGGGCAGCUCCAACAGAGUCAAUCCACGGAGCCGUCCGGGUCCGCUAAACGAGCUGCGAUCAGGGUGAGUGGACGUCACCUACGUACUCACUCCGGUCCGACAUCGACUGGGCGCUCUCGACGGUACGACGUGGCACGGUGAGAAGCACCGGUGGGCCAAAUUCCCGACGGUUCGAGGACGAGCACGAACAGCGAUGAUGGGUCAGCGGAUGACCUGUGCGUUGGCGGCGGAGCGGCAUGGGGGACGCCCCAAGAAGAUAAGUGCUAGCAUUUAAGAUCAUAUUUGGCGAUUGCCACUCCAAAUGUUUAGCUAGUAAGCCAAUAAGCUAGAGAGGAAGAUGGGUAGACCCAAAUAUAUGUAUUAAUCUGCGAUUUGAUGUUUUUGUGGUUUGCGUUGAGCCUUUGCCCUUCAGUGUUUGCGGUUUUUGUUCUUUAAGCCUCGCUAACGGUAUUUUGCUCUAUCCGCUACCGGGGAACUUGCGACACUGGCGCCCAACUGAAAAUCCACAAUUAAACUACCGUUUAGCGAUUUUUUUUUGGUUUGUGAUCUUAAGAUUUGGUUUUGUGCCUUUUUGGUUAUCCGGCCAACGAUAACCAAUAUAUUUUAGCCCUUUACGCAUAAAAUUCGAUACAUAACAUGGACUACACACACUUAACAGACGAAGAGGUGACGUAUGAGCUGGCUCUGCGUCACGUAGUAAAUUUAGGACCCACUACCCACAGAGGGAAAGUCCUCCGUCUGAAGGCACUCCUCCAGGAGGAAUCCUUAAGAGAUAACCAGCCCACUAGCUCAGCCCAUGUAAUGAGUCCACAGUCAAACAUUGAAUACUGUGAAACUCAAAUACAGCAGCUGCACAUAAGCACUGAAGCGGCAAUUCGAACAGCCGAUAGGGCUGCGAUCAAUCAAUGUCGAACGCGGCUGACCCACUAUCGCGACAGAUUACGUUUGAUCAAUCCUCCGGUCGAACUGAGAGAGUUGCAUGGAAUGUUAACCAUGCACGUGACUGUUUUACUCAACAAAGUGAAUGGUACUAGUGUAGUGAGUAGUGUGCAACGCGGUGAGAUCGAGGUGAAUCAUACAAGUUCAACGGAUGCCAUUAGAAGGAGUAACGACGAAGAGGAAGGAGCAGUCGGCGGAACGACGGAUGCCACGAUUCCAGUGGGCAACAGUUCAAAUCAAGAAUCCACACCGCCGCCAGCAUCACAGCAGCCUCUGAUGACAUCAUUCUCUGGUGGACAGGGACGAGGAUUGCUAUUUUCGAGUUCGUUUCGAGCGCGAGACAACGAAGAUGGAAGUGAAACACAGCCUAGACAACGGAACACCUCACCACCGCCUCCCUACCUUCAACGGGAGCGAGAAACAUGGAACCGGACAGCUCGAGAAACACAAUCACGAGAAGUUCACGAGCUGCAAUCGAUAAUAGUGGAGAUGCAGGAAAGAGAGCAGCGGAUGCACGAAGAAUAUUGCCGAAUGCGGGACGAUCUGGAGCGGCUAGUGCGUCGAGAACGACCAGCGCCGGAACGAGUGGAUGAUCGACGGAUUCAGAAGGCCGUGCACAACUGGCCUUUCAAGUUUCGCGGCGAGAAGGACACUACAUCACUCAACGUGUUCCUAGAUCGCGUGGAAACGUUCGCGAGGUCAGAAGGCAUGAGUGAUGCCACACUCCUGAGCUCCAUCAAACACCUACUACAGGAGGACGCCAUCGACUGGUAUUCACGAGCAACCUCGCAAAACCUGUUGCGCACCUGGGACCAGUUCAAGCGAGAGAUUCGAAGAGAAUUCCUGCCCAGCGGGUACUCCCAAAUUCUCCGUCUGGAAGCUAGCUUCCGAUUCCAAGGAAGGGAAGAAUCCUUCGCGAAAUUCUAUCGCGACAUUUCAGCGCUCUUCCGCUUCGUCGAUCCACCAAUUCCAGACGACGAAAAGUUCUUCCUGGUGAAGAAAAACAUGAACGAGAACUACGCUGCCAUCGUAACAGCAGCGAGGCCUCGUUCACUGGAAGAAAUGGUGGAAGUCUGCACCGGAUACGACGAGACGAGGAUGCUUCUGAACAGACAACGCAGGAUUCCCAUUCCGCACAGCGCGCUUCUGGAACCGAACUUCGCUACACCAGUAGUUCCUAGCAGACCGCCACCGGUUCAGCAUCACCAACAGCCACAGCGGUUCAACAGAGUUCACGCCGUGGAGGUAGAAGAAGGCGCAUUCGAGCACGAAGCAGCGGAGGAAGGACCAGAAGACAAUUGGCAGCACAACAUCGACGAACUGGUGGAGCAAGUCAACGCGUUGAAAUUGAACAUUGAGCGGAGGUCUGCGAGACCAAGCUUUGCGGCGUGCGACGAAAGGCAGACAAGGCCAACGGAUAGGUACAACCGGACAGAGGCUGACGUCCUGCGAGCAGCGCGGCAGUACACAAGAGAGGCGCAAACGCCGGCACAGCAGCAGCGGCCGCAAACCGCAUCGUACCAGACUCGGCUACCACAACAACAGCAAGAACAGCCGCAAAGAGCACAGGGCUGGCAGGCACGACAGUGGAUGCCAAGCUCGGAUCAGGGCGACAAUAACCGAAGAAGCCAACGUCUGCUGCCAGAACCAGCCAGACAACGGGAAGAUCGCCAAAUACAGCAGGAAGAAGCUCCGAACGGCCAACGGAUAGCAAUGCUUUGCUGGAACUGCGACGAGGAGGGUCACAGAUUCAUGGACUGUCCGAAGCCGCAAGCCAUCCUAUUCUGCUACCGUUGUGGAAGGAAAGGCUACUCGCUGCGCAGUUGCUUUACGUGCCGCAUGGACGCGGUAAACUACCAAGCGGAGAACCAGCAGUAGAGGGGAGCAGCUCUCCGCAAAAUCUCGGAGACCCCUCCGAUAUCCCGGAAUUUCAAAACCUCAACUCGAUCAUUAUCAACCCCGGAAGUGACAAUCGACCGCACGCCGUCAUAUCAGUGCUGGGAAAGGAGUUGACAGCUUUGCUGGACAGUGGAGCGAACUGCUCUCUGCUAGGAGGAAAAAGAGUCGAGCUGGCGGAAGACUGCGGUUUGCAGAAAGGAAACGUCAGCGGCGGAAUAAAAACGGCGGACGGCACAAGACACAACAUUUCGCAUUUCGUCUAUCUCCCAAUAGUGUAUAACAACCGCAACGAAGUUCUUCCAGUGCUUUUGGUACCUUCGAUUCCAGACUGCGUCAUCCUAGGGAUGAACUUCUGGGAAAAGUUUGGCGUCAAAGCGGUGUGUUGCACACUAGAAGCGAAGCAGGAAGACCAGAUCAGCGAAGACCAGGAGAUGAAGCAGCUCAGCCCCGAACAACAACGGCGCCUAGAGCAGGCGAUCCAGAAGUUUCCGAAAGCGGU